GCUAAUGGAGGCUACGGAUUUGGGAUGUUAAGCGUCCGGUGUUGCGCGGAGUGACUGAACGCCGCUGGAGCCUGAAGCGGGAUUCCUCCCCGACACGUUUUGGUCCCGAUCGGAUCGGAUCCACCGGGAGCGAGGAUGGCGUCCGACUCACCGUGUUCCUCCUCGAAGGGGAUCAUGACGUUUUACCCGACGAUGGAGGAGUUUAAGAAUUUCAGCCGCUACAUCGCGUAUAUGGAGUCUCAGGGAGCGCACAGAGCCGGCCUGGCCAAGAUUGUCCCUCCGAAGGAGUGGAAGCCCAGACGCUCGUACGACGACAUUGACGACUUGUUGAUCCCGGCGCCGAUCCAGCAGGUGGUGACGGGUCAGUCCGGACUCUUCACGCAGUACAACAUCCAGAAAAAACCCAUGACGGUGAAGGAGUUCCGUAAAACGGCCAACAGCGACAAGUUCUGCAGCCCUCGAUAUGACGACUUUGAAGAGCUCGAAAGGAAGUACUGGAAAAACGUGACCUUCAACCCACCCAUCUACGGCGCCGACGUGAACGGGUCGCUCUACGACCCCGACGUCGACGAAUGGAACGUGGGCCGUUUGAACACCAUCUUGGAUACGGUGGAACACGACAGCGGCAUCACCAUCGAGGGGGUGAACACGCCCUACCUGUACUUCGGCAUGUGGAAGACCACGUUCGCUUGGCACACGGAGGACAUGGACCUCUACAGCAUUAAUUACCUGCACUUCGGGGAACCAAAGUCAUGGUACACUGUGCCUCCGGAGCACGGGAAGAGGCUGGAGCGUCUCGCUAAAGGGUUUUUUCCUGGAAGUUCUCAAAACUGCGAAGCUUUUCUGAGACACAAGAUGACUCUGAUCUCUCCAUCCAUUCUGAAGAAAUACGGCAUCCCGUUUGAAAAGAUCACUCAGGAAGCUGGCGAGUUUAUGGUGACGUUCCCGUACGGCUACCACGCCGGAUUCAAUCACGGAUUUAACUGCGCAGAGUCGACCAACUUCGCCACGCAGCGAUGGAUCGAUUACGGAAAGCAGGCCAUUCUGUGUUCGUGUCGGAAGGACAUGGUGAAGAUCUCCAUGGACGUGUUUGUGAGGAAGUACCAGCCGGAGCGCUACGAGUUGUGGCUGGCAGGGAAGGACAACGCCCCCAUCGAUCACACCAAACCCACUCCAGAGGCGGCGGAGUUCAUGGGAGGCAAGAAAGGAAACUUCGGCCACCGAGAGCCCUGCAUGCAGAGCCGGAGCAAUGACUCGUGUAAAAAAAGUGUGGCCAAACAGAGAAUCGGUACUAAGAGGCACCGAGUGUGUUUAGAGGUACCGGAUGAUGUUCUACCAAAGAGUGACGCGCCGCAUGAUGACCCUGAGUACGGGAAGAAAGGACGCCUCUCUCCACCGACCGAGCCAAGCCGGGACAAUACUGAGUGCAGCAGUCAGUCGAGUGUAAAAUCGCCUCCAGACACCAGGAAGUGGCUGAAGUUCGGAGAUCGUUUGGAGAACGCGGUCUGCAUUAAAUCGGAGAACGCCGACGUAACCUCGGAUGCGGUGUGCCCUCAAGCCCUGAGGAAAAGCCGCCUGUCCAUCGCCACCAUCCCCAUGGCCCCUCACUGCCUCUCUGCCCUGCCCUGGACCUCCAGCAAGCCCGGGGUGGCCAGCCUGCUCUUCCACAGGACCCUCAGCCCCUCCGACGCCCUGCAGGUCCACACGUACGCCGCUAAAGCCACGCUCUGUAAACCUCAACCUCCCAGGCUCCAGGACUUCAGGAAGUCCGAGUCCGAGUCUGAGUCAGAACCCUCGCCCGAGCUGAAACACAGCGUAGACGCACAUGAGGAGGAAAUUGAGGAUGAGAAGGAGAACACGAGCAUGAAGAGGAUGCUGCAGCCCCUCAGCAAUCUGCCCCAACUCCACCCGCUGCUCAGAGAGAGCUCCAGCGAUGAAGAGUUGCAGGAACAGCUGGAGAUCGAUGUGGACUCUCAGGAAUCGGACCCCUGGGCCCAGCUACUCAUGCCCCUCUGGCAGAAACGGAUACUGCGCAGCUUUAAAGUCGAGCGGGAAUUCAACCGCCGUUUGGGUCUCCAGUCGCCGUACUGCGCGGUGUGCAGCCUCUUCCACACGUACGAACAGAGUGAGCUGAGAACUCUGAUCCAGGGAACGUCCGUAUCUACCAGAGAGGAGGGGAAGCUCAGGACGAAGCCACUGAUCCCGGAGAUGUGCUUCACAGGAAGUUCGGACGGACAGCUGUCCACUCCGAACCUGGAUGAGGACGGCACCAGUCCUCUGGUCAGCUGCUCGGUGUGCUCCGUGCGUGUCCACACCAGUUGCUACGGCGUGCCUCGAGACAGUGAUCUGGACAGUUGGAGGUGUUCACGCUGUGAGGCGAACGCUUUUACUCAGGACUGCUGUUUGUGUUCUUUAAGAGGAGGAGCGCUACAGAGAGCCAACAACGACAAGUGGGUGCAUGUGUUUUGUGCAGUAGCAGUUUUAGAAGCCAGAUUUGUGAACAUCGCCGAGCGCAGGCCUGUCGAUCUGAGCGCUAUACCGCUACAGAGAUUUAAACUGAAGUGUCAUUACUGUCGGAAGCAGAUGAAGAGGGCGUCUGGCUGCUGCGUUCAGUGCUCCCACGGCCGUUGCUCGUCCUCGUUCCAUCCCACGUGCGCUCAGGCGGCCGGCGUUCACAUGCACCCAGACGACUGGCCCUUCGUCGUCUACUUCACCUGCUGGAGACACAAAGCAGGCUCAAACCUCGAGCGCAACAAGGCGUCUCUGCGGGAACUGGUGGAGGGACAGAGAGUCAUUUGCAAGCACAAAAAUGGCCGGUACUACCAGUGCGAGGUGGUGGAGCUCACCAAAGCAACGUUCUACGAGGUCAUCUUCGACGAUGGUUCAUUCAGCGACAAUCUCUUCCCGGAGGACAUCGUGAACAGAGACUGUGUGCGACUCGGGCCUCCAGCAGAGGGCGACGUGGUGCAGGUGCGCUGGACAGACGGCCUGAUCUACGGCGCGAAGUUCGUAGCAGCUCACGUCAUCCCCAUGUACCAGUUGGAGUUUGAGGACGAGUCUCAGCUGACAGUCAAGCGGGAGGAAGUGUACUGUCUGGACGAGGAGCUGCCCAAACGUGUGAAGGCACGACUGUCCGUGGCAUCGGAUAUGCGCUUUAAAGGCGUGUUCGUGGAGAAGGAAGUCAAGCAGGAUUCAAAAAGGCAGCGCUUCGUCAACUCGCGCUACAGAGAGGACUAUAUCGAACCGGCCAUCUACAGAGCCAUCAUGGAGUAACGUCACGCUUUGCACACAACAAUCUGGAAACGGACUCCAACUCGUCACACCCUGGUUCUGUUUUUGUUCUUUUCGUAAAAACGGCCAUAUCCAAACACAAGUCGUGUGUGUGUGUGUGUGUGUGUAAAAGAGCUUUCGUGCAGCUUAAGUUGUUUAUUUUUUCCUCUGAAACCCUGUUCAGGCUCCGUAAUCCUCUCUCUACCCCUUUAUUCCACUGACACGGUGCUGCUGUGGUUCAACACCAAACAUGUUCAUCAGCCAAAACGUUGUUUGCACUCGAUCAGUGAUCAGUCAUUUUUCUACACGUCUUGAUUUCAGCAUCAACCGACAUUUGAUCUGAGAUUUUUCCCAAUUUAUCAAAUGCAAAUUAGAUACAACUUUUUUUUUACAAAUCCGAACAAUUUCUCAGAACGACCCUGUGGUGUGACGUUUGUUCAGUUCUCGGUGCUUUCACGUUCUCGUGUCCUGUACAGUCUCUGUUAAACGCGUAUCAGUGUGUACAGAGACACUGGGGGGAUAAAAUUUUCAAAGAAGGGAAGCACAGCUGGUUGUUGGCUCUAUCGAGUGUACGUAGCUGGUACACUUAGCUUGCUUUGCUAAUCCAGUCUGACUAGUGACAUGUAAAGCGACCUUAAACGCAUUUUUAAAUAAAAGUGGUGUGUAUGAACAGUAUAGUGAAACUAUAACGAUCUUUCAUUUUGCGUACAUCAGUAAGAAGUAAGGUGCGUUUCUUUUUCUGCUUCUAGUCCGCAAGGAAACCAUGAAUUGGGGGGAAACUUAACAGCAUGAACGCAGCACGGAAAUCUGCGGAUCCAGAGUGUCCGGGAUGCUGAAUUUUCCGUCCGGGAUGCUGAAUUUUUGUAGCAAUUUUGCCAAUUCGCAUUACACACAUUUUCGAGUUUUUCUUACGGUAAUGUACCUACUGUACGCCUACGAACGUGACCAGCAUCUGAACAUCACUCGUAAGAAUUAUUUCACUCAAGAAGAAAAAAAUUGUGCAAAUCUCUCCUGAGAGGUUUGUAUAUGUCUUAAGAAAAAAAAAAAUCGUCUUGCACGCGAGUCCUUUGAGUAAACAGUGGCUCGGAUCCAGAUCAGACUCCGCUUCCUGCACCGGCACUGUGUCUGUGGAAAAACGUUUUCCGGAACUCCAUUUUGUUUGGUUAUUAUGGUAUGGAUCUCCAGACGCCGAGUGAACGCAUUAAAACGCAGGAUGUUUCAUCAGCAUUAAUCUGACUAGCAAUGAAUCCAAAAUGAUUGAGUUUGAUUAAUUUCCUGUUUCCUUCUACAAGCCAUUUGGUGCUUGGGUAGCGUUUCCUGUUCAAACAGGACACUUGAGUGUUAGCAUGGGCGUGAUUUUCUUGCUAACGUUUGAUAGAUAAAUGUGCAGGAUGAGUUCUAGAGCGUGUUCACUGUGUAAUCUACUGUAAAGAUUUUUAUUUUAUUUUUUUUAAUAGGAAUUUCAAGUGUUAUUCUCCCUCACUUAUUAUUUUUUUUCUAGGAUCAAAUUCUGGGCGACUGUUUAAUUUAUAUCUCAGAUUAGUUUUGAUGGUUUCUCUAUAUCUCCUGACAGUUCCCACAGUUUGGCAUUGUUUGUACAAAAACAAAAAUGUAUUUAUAUGUUUUGAUUUUGCGAAUCGCCUUUUUGUUCUCUUCCAGUUUUCUACUCUUUUUACUGUCAAUAGAUAGGAAUGAAUAUUGGCAGUGUAAAAAAAAAAUGCACUUACUGAGCAUUUUCUCCUCUCUCUCUCUCUCUCUCUCUCUCUCUCUCUCUCUCUCUCUCUCUCUGAAUUCGUGUGUAAUUAGGAAACAAGGAAAUAAUAUUUCUUAAAUUGUCUCCGUUUAGAGACUAUCUGGUUCUAGUAACUGUAAACUCCUCAUGACUGCUUCCUUUCUUCAUUAAAGCAGCUUAAUUUUGA